AUGCGCUUGCAUUCCCAAUUUCCCAGACAACAUUUAGAGCUAAAAAAGACUAGAACACUUGAUAGAGGAGAACGAAGCUGCUUGGUUCAACAGACCGCAAGCAGGAUGGAGAUGGCGGUAGGGGCGGCUUCGAGGGUGGUGGUGCAACUGGUGCGUGGAGUCGUGGUCGUCUUGAAGGAUGCACUCCAGCUGCAAGGUGCUCGAGGGCUGGACCUUGAACGGCCAACGAGCGGAGACACGCCCUUGCACCAGGUACCGGAGCUGCCGCUUAACAUCUGCAUGGUAUCCGAGAUGUUCCUGCAGAUCCUUGCCACGGGGCUCGGCGCCCUCGCCUUGGUCUGGGCGACCGUCGUCCUGCUCGGCGGUUUCUCCACUUAUCUACACAAGGCUGAUUUCUGGGUCAUCACCGCUAUCGUCUUCAUCCAAACAGCCAGGGUCGUGGGCAUAAAUGUAAGCCCCGAGGCAGAAUUUUUCAACCAAGUUCCACAAGCAUUCCUCGAAUUGGGCGCCGAGCACUACACGAAAUGGGGGCGACGAAGACCCCUGACUGGCCGAGCAACUGGCCAAAACUUCGUUUACUAUCUCAUGCUGGCACUUGGAAGUGCAAGGGAUUUCAUAACCAUUGUGGCCUUCCUAGCAAUAUUGGUCCUUGCAGUUCCGAUGAUCGCAGGGUUAGGCUGCAUAUCACUUUCCAUCUAUCGUCUCGUUGCCCUCCUGUCGAGACAUCAUGGCAAUGACAAUGUGUUUCGUGCACUCAUCUUGUUCUAUGCUCUCGUGCUUCUCCAAGGUGGAUUGUUCAUCUUGUGGUUGUUUCUGAGGCUGUAUCGUUCUUAUCUUGCAAACCACGUGAGCUUCAAGUAUGGACUUGAGGACAAGAGAGAAUUGAUUGACAAAUAUAUGGGCAAAACCUUGAGCACGGCCAUAAAAAAUGGGGUGGCAGGUACCAUCAACAGGAACCUGGCUUCCUUCGCAGCAGAAAUGAUGAAAUCUGAGUACAGUCAGGACCGCAUUGAUGCAGUUUUGGUGAUGCAUAGAUUGACAUCCCAAGAGGACCAUAGAACAAGAACACUAUCCCAGAUACAAUCCUCACCGCUCUGUGUUUCCAGGCUGCUUGACAUGGUUACCUCAAACUCAAAGAGCCGCACUGAUCAGAGGACAAGAAUAUGCAUCGCAGAAAUUGUGGCACAUCUUGCUAGCAACUUGUGCCUGGCUGACAUAUCAGGAGCAACAGAGUCCAUAUCUUCCAUGAUUGAUCCCUACUUUAUGAAAAUAUUAGCACCAGCUACCAAUGUCAACAUUGGCCAUCAGACAGCUAUUGACAUCACAACUGACCAGCAGGGGGCUAUUCAGUCAGCCAGCGCUACCAAUGGAGGAGAAAGCAUCGGAUUUUGUAUUUAUCUUAAGAAAUUAAUGGACAUGGUAGCUCCGCAUACUGCAGAAUUCAUCAGAAAUAGACAGCAAGAAACUCCUCGAUCCUCCAGGACUACCAGUGGAGCUGAAAGCAAACCUCUAAUUAUCCAUGGCCUGUUGAUUCUUGCCAAGCUUGCAGUUAACCCGGACAACUGCAAACACAUAUAUGAUUACAAGGGUCUCUUCUCCAAGAUCAUAUCCCCAGUCAAAACUAAAGUGUAUGAGAUCCUCAGAGAUGAUGGUAUCACCAUGGAAAUAACUGAGAAGGCACUGGAAGUGGUGAGCAUGCUUGUCAGUGGCACAGAUGAAACCAGUGAAAAGAUACGCCGAGAUAUUUGUAGCAACGGGAUAGUAGCACAACAUAUCUGCUCAAUCUUGGAAAAGGACCACAUGUACAACAAGCUAAAGGUUCCAGCAACAAAGAUCCUAAUGGAGCUAUCUUUGGAUACGUCCACUCAAGCUACCCUUGGACUUGAUGGCGUAGCUGAAUUCAUUAAUGACUUGAUGGACAUCUUCUUUGAUGCUGCUAAUGAGAGUCAAGAACUCAAGAAGACCGCAGGGGAAGCAUUGGCAGUACUGGCAAUGGACAAUGCCAAUUGUAUGACGAUCACGAAUUUCAGCUCAGAGACAAAAACUUCAGUUCAGCUGCUCACAGAUAUGAUUCCUGCGGUAAACGCCAGAUUAUAUCAAACUACCAUAGCACAACUGCUGAUGCAACUUUGUGCAAGUUUUAACCCUGCAGAAAGGGAGGAGCAUCUCGCAUCAGUCAAAACAAUUCUACAUGAGGUACUCAAAGUUAUAUGCAACAUUGAACAAGCAGCAAAUGCAAAUCAGGUGGGUUCUCCCCAGCAUAACCUGGGCCAGCAACAAGCAGCAAACACAAAUCAGGCGGGUUCUCCCCAGCAUAACCCGGGCCAGCAACAAGCAGCAACCGCAAAUCAGACGGGUUCCCCCCAGCAUAACCAAGGCCAGCAACAAGCAGCAAACACAAAUCAGGUGGGUUCUCCACAGCAUAACUCAGGCCAGCAACAAGCAGCAAACGCAAAUCAGGCGGGUUCUCCCCAGCAUAACCCAGGCCAGCAACAAGCAGCAAACACAAAUCAGGCGGAUUCACCACAGCAAAACUGGGGCCGGCCCCCAUUUUCUCGGGCAUUUUAUCGCUUGAACAGUUUUCUCGGGGCUCACCACUCUCACGCUGCUAACAGAAACAAUCCCAAUGACAAUUUGCCGGCUGUUACUCAGCUUGUAGGUGCUAGAAGAAAAUCCCUGGCAGCCUUCUUAGGCCUUACAUUGGAGAUAUGUGACAAACUGGAGAUCAGUCCAGAUGAUUUUGAUGAUGCGCUUGCGCUCAUUCCUCUUUCCAUGGAUGACUUUGUGGAUAAACUGAAUCAUAUAAUAGAACAGUGCAAGGGCCACUCUGUUGAUAGCUUGGAAGGGAAGGGCCCCUCAGUUGAGUAUCUGAUAAUAAUCAAGGCAGUGACAAAGUUAUGUACAUGGAUGAUGGAAAGCAAGCCAGACUGCAUUACAGUAUUCCAAAACAAGAACACUAGCACAAAACUGCAAGGUGCCUUGGAGGAUAUGAGAGACCUGGAACUAGGUAUGCUCCUUACCGGCAGUGCAGGGGACAUGGCUAAUUACCAAACCCUUUCAAACAUCGUGGGUGUUGCACGGCAGAUGAUGGAUGCUAAUGUGCAAGUUUAA